CACCAUCGCCCCUGCCGACGCUCAACAACUCCGGUUGCACCGCGGCCGCCCCGGGCUCGCCUGACGUCAUCACGUCGCUGCCCGUUCCCGCCUUCCGCCACGUCAGCGAAGGACGGUUAAAACUCCUCCCGUCCGCAUCGGGAGCCGGCGGAAGAGCAGUCAGCCUCGGGAGGUAUCCCAGUGGUUAAACCUGUCUCUGCAAAGGUAGAAGUGAUGGUGGAUUACCUAAACGAACCAAAGCCUGCAUAGAGGGUUCUGGAAACCAAAAUAAAUGGCCUUAGCUGAAGGGAGCCACCUUUGUUCUGAAAAUCCAGAUGAAGGGCCUUGACCUGAAAUUGUAUUGAUUUAUGUGCUGCUUGGGCCAUGAUUCUUGACGAUACACCCUUGUUUGAUCCCACCUUGUUGAGUGAGCUGGACUGGAAUCAAAAUAUGGUAAAAUUCUCGCCUGAAAUUUCCCCAGUGAGCCCAGGGGAUGGACUCAUUCUGAGGCCUCUCUGUACUGCAGACUUCAACAGAGGCUUUUUCAAGGUACUUGCACAGUUAACGAAAGUAGGUGAUGUUGAAGCUGAACAAUUUAUAAAAAAGUUUGAACACAUGAAGCAAACUGGAGAUUACUAUAAUAUUGUUGUUGAAGACACUCAUGUCGGACAGGUCAUUGCUACAGCAACAUUAAUAAUUGAACAUAAAUUUAUACAUACCUGUGCAAAGCGAGGGAGAAUAGAAGAAGUUGUUGUUAGUGAUGAACACAGAGGAAAGCAACUUGGAAAAUUGUUAGUUGCAGCCCUUACACUUCUCAGCAAGAAACUCAACUGCUACAAAAUUACUUUAGAAUGUCUACCAAAGAACAAAGCCUUCUAUCAAAAAUUCGGUUAUAAAGUUACAGAAGAGCUUUACAUGCAAUGCAGAUUUUUUGACUGAUAUUUGCUGAAUGAGAUUUGUAUUUCUAGGUGGUUUUUUUUGGGGGGGUCUAAUUAUAAAGAUUAUUUAGUACUGGCAAGAUGUGUAGUAUAUUCCAAUACAAUUAGCAAUGUUUACCUGUUUCGUGGUACCAAGAAUGUAGAUGAAAUUUUAAUGAUGUCUUUUUCUUAAACUAAGCAGUCUUAUAGGUGAUGGGAAAAACUGCAUGGUUCACUUGGCAUGGUAAACUUUAGCUCAAAGGAAUAUGAAAAGCACUAGUUUUGUGAAAGAACUUAGUUUCUUAGAACUAGCAAUGGAAAUAAUUGUACCAAAGGACUUUUUUGUUCAGAACAGGGCACUUCUAUGCAUCUACUUCUGUUCUUUAAGAGAAUUAACUUAUAAUUGUACCUGUUACACUGCUCUGGGAUCCAGGUUUAAAUGAAGAUGCAGCUAUAUCUCUUGGAAUCAAUUCUACUUUAAGUUAAU